CAGGAUCCGCCACAAGCCUGUGGCACAGCUCCCAUUGUCGCUGUUCGACUCAGGGGCUAUCGACGAUACUAUAAAACCUGCAAGCGAAUUCGAUUACAUUUGUUCUCACUCCUCCCCUACACCACCUCCCUUCUUACCCUCCUCCCCGUUCUCGCCUAGCAAGAUGCGAUCAUGCAGCCUACUCCUUCCUUCUUUCGCUCUUUUCUCGUUUCUUUCUCUCGUUGCAGGCUCGCCCCUUCUGCUAGACUCUUUGCUCAAUGACGAUGCAAGCAACCCCAAUCCCUCCUCCCAAACCGAAUCUCUUCCUGCCUCAAGUGAUUCCUCGCCCAGCGUGGCAUCGCCCAACACGGUUGUCGCCCAUUUCAUGGUCGGCAACGUUUUUCGGUACACCGAGGAAGAUUGGGUAUCGGAGAUGACUCUCGCUCAGCGCUAUGGCUUCGAUGGCUUUGCACUAAACAUCGGUCCCGACGCAUGGCAACGCGAUCAAAUCGUGAAGGCAUUUUCUGCCGGGGAGAAAGUAGGAUUCAAGUUGUACAUUUCCUUCGACAUGAGCUGUAUCUCCUGUGUUUCCGACACCGACAAGACCCUCCUUGUUGACUACAUCAACGACUUCAGCGAUAAGCCCGCGUAUCUUCAGUUCAAUGGCAAACCUCUCGUUUCCGCUUUCUCUGGGCAAAAUUGUGCUUUUGGUGCCUCGGACCCCAACGCUGGCUGGCGAGACAUCGUGGCUCAGACAUCUGUGUCUUUCGUUCCGUGCUUCUUCGUCCAGCCCGAGGAUCUACCAAAGUGGGACUCGCUCGACGGUGUAUCCAACUGGAACAGUGGCUGGCCUUCGGGCGACUACGAUAUUGAUUUUUCCCGAGACGAUGACUGGAUCAACCAUCUUGACGGUCGCCCGUAUAUGGCUUCAGUCUCUCCCUGGUUCUUCACGCACUACGGGCGCAAUAGCUGGAACAAAAACUUUGUUUACCGUGCCGACGACUUUCUCCUCUCGCAACGCUGGGAACUUCUGGUCUCCAACCGCGAUCGUAUACCGAUCGUGCAGUUCAUCUCUUGGAACGACUUUGGAGAGUCGCAUUACAUUGGCCCUGUUCUAGCAAACACUGAUCAGCCGAACUCUCAAGCAUGGGUUAACGGAUUCGAUCAUCAAGCCUGGCUUGAAGUGGUCAAAUUCUAUAUCGCGGCGUACAAGACAGGUCCUUAUCCUCGGAUCACGCAAGACCGUGUCGUUAUGUGGUCACGGCUCUUCCCUACUGACGCCGAAGUGGAUACUGAUCCCGUAGGCCCGCCGGAACACCAUGACUGGGUCGAAGAUUCGCUCUGGGCAGUAGCAUUUCUGACUGAUGCCGCCAAGUUCACCGUCUACUGCGGCGCCUCUUCAAACAGUGUCUCUGCAUCAUCUGGAGGUCUGGUCAAACUGAAGCUCCCGCUCAAAUCGGAUUGUUCUGUGUCUGCGCUGAUUGAGCGAAACGGCGAUCGGGUUGUGGACUUUGCGCCCGCCAACUUCGACUUCAGCACCACACCUUCGACGUACAACUUCAACGCGUUUGUGGCAGCUUCUCCAUAGAGUCGUGUUUGUUGUAUUUGUAUUUGUACACCCUGCUAGAUGAAUUACGCACUUACACCCUGGAA